AACUGUGGCUCGCGUUGUGGCUGUUCCUCGCACAGACGUCGUUUGCCAAAAUCAUUCCCGUGUGUUUCAAUAGGUUAACUAGACGUCAACUUUAUUGUUGUGCGCACAGCUGCUUCGAUUGCGGAAAAACGCGCUUACCUUCCCAAACAACCCACCAUGCAAGCUGCGAGAACAUAUAAAGAUGCUUUGCGCGCACCCAAACACCGGGCCUAGUUAACAAGCCUGCAAGUCAAUCCUUCUGAACCAAAACAGCUCUUUUCAUUUUAGUGGUGGAAGCAGCUUCCUAACCACCGUUUCCAAUCCAGCCUAAUAACUAUCUUUCUUGCCACUCUUUUGGAAGCGCCCCGCUUCUCCUUCAAUCAGCCCCAAAUGCUUGCUCAACUUUACGGAAAUGUGCUUUAUCAAACAGCAGCCAUCUUAAUCACGACAAGAUUCUUGGCAGCCGUUGGUGCUUCUCCGGCUCCGGCUUUCGGUGAUGCUGCCCCAAUCGGCUCCGUCGAGUUGUUAGGACGAACUACGUUUCCGACCUCUAUCCAAAGCCCCGAAUGCCAAACUCUGUUCGUGGGUCAAAAGGCUACCGACGGCGAAGUGUGCCUCAGCGUCCAGGACCAGUCCCUAAUAGUCGAAUAUAUGUCCGUAACGGAUUUCUCUUACGACGAUGUCCACGUUUGGGUCGGCGUCGGCACUCCCCCGACCACGGCACCUGGGCAAUUCUCAUAUACCUCCGGCAACGGAUAUUGCGAGGUCGCUGAGGAUGGGACAUCGGCGACUUGCACGAUUCCUUUCAUUGAUCUGCCGGAAGGGAACCUCUGCAAUACUGAGCUCUCGAUUGCGACUCAUGCGGCGUUGGGCGGAGAGACUGGGUGGGGGGAUGGGACGUGUAUUCAGGAGGAUUGCCAUCCUUGGGCGAUGUAUUCCACGUUCCAGUUCGAGUGUACUAAAGCCGGCACGCUGGCAACGACGACGAUGGCUUCAAUUAGUUCCUCUAUCGAUGGCUCAACGAGUUCAAAACCCAUGUCUAACGUGUUGACCAACCCAGUCGGGACCUCGACCACCUACUCUUAUCCAGGGACGACCAAAACCAAAACCAGCAUCAUAACCUACACCAUCACCUCGUGUCCUGCUAGCAAGCCAUGCCACCUGGUCACGACAGAGUCCACAGUGACCUACCACCUCACCCAGUCCAUCACUGUCCCUUGUGAAACAUCCACAGUACAUAAAGAAUCCUCGCCUCCACAAGAAAAAAGCCUCGUUAACUGACGCAUGCAUAUCCCUAGUACGUCGACCGCGGCAGCACAAUCACAACCACCAUAACGAAAUUGCCAAUCGCCAUCUACGUGACCUGUCCCCCAGAGCCGCCGCCUUCGUCAUCCCCAACAACCUCGGCGUACGCCUCCGCAACUCCGUAUUAUAACUCUUCGAUACUCAUCGCGACCGAAAUGUCUAGCUUCCUCGUCGGCCCAGCCAAGACCUACGAAAGCGUCUCGGCGGCCGCGAAUUCCACGGCGCCAAGUGCGUUCACUGCCGGGGCGCCUAGGCUUAGCCGUAGCUUAGGCUGCAUUGCGACUGUGGUGGCUAUGAUGGGUGCUCUCACUGCGCUGAUGUACAUGUAGAUGCAGAGGCCGCAUGUACGGAUGUUCCAAGUUGUUCAAUUAACCUUCGAAGCUGGGAUUAGAUAGUAGAUUUCAAACCAAACUGGAGGCAGUGAUUCCACCUUUCUGCCCACAUUUGGUAUGAUGGAAACUAUACCUCCGUUUUUAUUGUAAUAAAUAAUUUCUCGGACUUAGCUAUGCAGUAGGAUAGCCAGUCUUAAUACAAACUAUUUUGGGAGUCAAAUAUCAGAUGCAAAGGUGGUCAUGGUCGGAUUUGAAUUUGCGAAGGUGUUGCAGGUGAAAAGCGUUGGUCGACUAAUUAAGCGGGAAACAUGAAAGGCGGUCUCAGGAUAAUCGAGUGGACGACUACCAUAGCCUCUUUGGUGGCGAUUGACCAGUUUGGACGUUAAGGGGGACUGAAAGAUUGUUAGAAGCGCAGUUCUUUCCUCUAUUCAGCUGAGAGCUUCGAACUUGGUAGAAUUCUUCAGUAGCCAUGAUGAAAGGCUUAAAGUCAGGAAGCAUUCGUUGACUUUUUAAUGAGGGAGAGUUUGAGGUGAUUGAGAAAUCUCCUGAUAUGUCAUGUGCAAUAGCGGGGAAGGCAUUU